AUGGAUCUGAGGAGCUUAUGGAAAUGCAUCUUUGUGAUGGUAGACGUGAGCCAGAGUUUUUCUCUGGGAUGCAAGUGGAUUCAGCACCGGUACAAAGACAUGAGCCGGGACAGCCUGCAACUGGUAACACACAUGUUGGGUAAAGAGGUUGUGAUAAACGAAGAACACGUGGAGAACAUCACCUCCCCAGGUGGUGUUUACAUAACAAUCUCACAGGUGAGCAAUAUUUCGAUUAUAUACAAAGUGCUUCAUCAUAUCAGUAAGCUGUACAAUGGAAAUAUGGACUCUGUGAGGUGGGACCGAGAAAAGCUGGACAGGUUUCAAAGCAACCUCCAUACUCAGACUGCUCAUCUUAAACAAUGUAUGGAUAAGGAGGUGAUCCACAGCUCAGGAGAUCAUGGGAAAGAGAACCAGAGAAUUAUUCAUUAUUUUAAGAAACUGGAAAAUUAUUUGAAACGAAAGAAAAACAGUGCUCAUGCCUGGGAGAUUAUCAGAACACAAGUUUGGAAACAUUUGCAACGUCUUGACCUGAUCACAGCUUCCUUGAGGACACCAAGGAACACUUCACAUGUUUAA